AUGACGAAAUGGAGUGCAUCAUGUGUGGCCACGUCGAUUACAGCUACACGAGAGGGCCGUCGAGUAACCGCAAAGAACUUGCUGAGCACGGCUACGCAGUACGUAUUCCGCUACGUCGGCGACUUUCCGGCCCUGUCCGAGACCUUAGCCCACGUCAAGGUGGUGCGGAUUCGCAACAGAGCGGGCUUCGACGUCGAGUGCCCGUUCUGCUCUCAGGCGAUGGAAGAGGCGUCCCUUUCCGGCAAGCGACCGGAGGCGAGGGAGCGGCGCUUCAAGUGCACGGACGGGCAUCGCGUGUCCCUUAUUCCCGGCAAGACCGGCGUGGAGGGCUGGCGAUAG